AUGGCGUCCUCGUCGAGACCGAAGAAUUUGACGUCAAGCGGGAGUGGAAAACGCCCAAAGGGGACCAACAAUACCGAGGACGACGAUGGCAUCACACCUUUACCCGGUAUAUCGCGAACAUCGACACUACCACUCCCCAAGAACUCGGGCCUCCGAUCACGAUCCGUAUCACCGGUGAAAAGGAAUGCAGGAAAGGGGAUAUACAAACAUGAAGAAUAUAACGAAUCAAAUGCGUCGUUAUUAUCCAAUGCUAGUUUUUUGCCGGAUACGCCGUCGCCGUUGUUACCACCGGAUUUAAAGAAGUUGAGGGCUUUUAGGAAGGGUAAUCCGAAUGGAGAGUUAGGGGAUGAUAGCGAUGAUGACGACGAUGAUGAUGGGUUUUCGGAGCUGGGGGGUGAUGCUUCUGUGGUGGAUAAACUCGCUAGGCUGGCUUAUAGGAAUUCGGGGAUGUUGCUUAUGCUUGCUGCGCAGGUGUUUGCGUCGAUUAUGAGUGUUAUUACGAGGUUGUUGGAGACUGGUUUUAAUACUGAGUUUGUUUUUGGGUUAUACUACUCAUUAACCUACCUCGACGUUUCCGACGCCACCGUCAUAACCUUCCUUGCGCCUUCGGUCGCCGGUUUCGCAUGCUACAUCAUCCUCAAAGAACCUUUCACCAAAACUGAAAUGAUCGCUGGAUUAGUAUCUCUUCUUGGUGUGAUUCUUAUCGCUCGACCGACGGUGUUAUUCAGCGGCGGCUCCAGUGAUCCAAAAGAUCAGGGUAGUACCGGCAGCGGCGGCACAGAACCUUCACCCACACAUGAAGGUAUACGACUAGACAUCGACGAAGCCACACCAUCACAACGGUUUACAGCCAUAAUGGUAGCUUUAUUGGGUGUCUUGGGGGCGGCUUCGGCGUAUACUACGAUCCGAUGGAUAGGGAAACGAGCACAUCCGUUGAUUACUGUGAAUUAUUUUUCUGCAUGGUGUACGAUCGUGUCGUUUUUGGGACUGUUGGUGUUACCGGGGAUUGGGUUUAAGGCACCGCAGACGUUUUUGCAGUGGAUAUUGUUGUUGGGGAUUGGGAUCUGUGGGUUUUGUAUGCAGUUUUUGCUUACGGCGGCGAUUCAGAGGGAGAGGACGGGGUUGGUUACGCAGAUGGUUUAUGCACAAAUGAUAUUUGCAUUAAUAUGGGACAAGGUUCUUUGGAACAGGUUGCCGGCUUGGACAAGUUGGCUUGGUAGUCUCUUGAUUCUGGGAUCGGGCUUCUGGGUUGCGUUCCAGAAGAACCGAAAGAAGAAGAGUUUGAAGGUCACAAAGAAAGAGGCUCGAUCGAAACGACAUGGACACAGUGGGGAUGAGGAAAGAGGAUUGGUCGCUGCUAAGGGGAGUGAUGAUGAGGACAGCGAAGAUGGAAGCGAGCUUGAUGAGGAUGAGGCGAGGGUAUUGGAUGUUGGGAGAGAAAUACAGAUGAAGAAUUUGGCACGGUGA